UGUGCAGUGUCUCAAAGUUCACUGUGUUAGAGGUGUUUUUGGUCCUUAUUUUCACCUUCUCAGAGCGCUGACUGAACACAGAGAAGAGGGAAGGCAGAGGAAAAGAUUCUGAAUAAUGGGGGCCUCUGUGUCUAUAAGGAACCAAACCCCAUACACUUGGCACUACGAACUUGUCGGAGACGGAGGUGGCUGUGGCACGUUGCAUGGCAUGGGUAGUGUACAAAGAAAACUCAACAUUAGGUGGAUCCAUUGCUACCUAAAGUUAAGAUAUGACAAUCACAGUAACAAUUCCUUCUCAUAUGAGUUCAACAGUCACAAGCAGAACGGGAGUCAAACAUUCACUAUUAUAGAAACCAGUGGCCGUUCACUCAUUCAGCUGUUGUGCGACACAGAGUCUAAUAGUCCAACAUGUCCAAACUAUGGGAAGCAAGAGGAAGACCGUAUCCGGCAGCAGCAGGAGGAGAUGGAGCGGCGAAGACAGGAGGAGCAACGACUACGACAGCAGGAGGAGAGGAGGCGCCAGGAGCAACUGGAGAGGGAGAGGGCGAUCCAGCAAGAAAUCGAAAGGGAGAGCGAACUUUGGGUAAGAAGAUGUCAAAGGGACGAGAAAAGCUGAGACAGAAGCUGAGACUAAAAGGACAACAGCGCCAUCACCAGCGUACACAGGUACUACACCAGAUGAUAGAAGAUGACGCUGCAGCAAUCAGAAGGGAUGAGCCAUGGGACUUGAAAAAUAAGUUUGAAGAUCUUCUGAAGAAAUACGAGAUCACUGAAGACAAAGGCAUGCAGGAGGACAAACUUGAAAACAGAAUGAAAACUCUUCAGAAUGAACUAACCCUUAAAUACUUUGGAGAGCCUCAACUGUCAAUCUGGUGUCAGUUGACCAUAGAUCGUGCUAUCAGCCAAGGAGAGCAAUCGCUCACUGAGCAGUUUAGCAUCCUCACGGCUGUGACAGAGCUAACGUUGACCAAUGACUCGGACACAGACAGUAAAGAGGACCAACUACUUGACUGGGACCAGAAGUGUGACUUUCUCAUCCGUCUUCUUGAACAGCUGUACAGCACAAAUCCCACAGUGGCUCAACAACUUGUUCUGAGCAUUCUUGAUGUGUUCACAGAGGUGUCAGAGAAAAACAAGGGGCUCCUUAGUCAAAUUCUCUUCAACAUGAUCUGGACACCUGCAGAAAUUCUGCUCUUUUUGCGAGGUGUUUCAGGCAUAAACCAAGAGUUAGCAACCUCAAUCCUUCAUACUGUGAGGACAAACAAGCUGGAUCUUCUCUCUACUCUCUCUGCCUUGAAAGGUAAAGACCCUGUCAACUCUCUACAAUGGUAUGCUGAGGCAGAAGGGAACAAGGAUGCCGACACCAUUGUGAAUGAAAUGCAAAAUGAAAAGUACCCAGAGAAAAUAUUGUCCAUAAUGAAGGAAAUUCUAGGAUAUAUGACAGAGGAACUUCCAAAACAUGCAAAGGAGGACUUGGAUCAGGUAAAGAUAGAGGAAGCAAAGCAGAUGAUCAAGUCACUGGAUUUUACUAACCCUGACCUUGCUGUUCUCAAGGAGGUCCUAAUAAGGAUGUCUAUUGCUGUGCAAGACUGCUCAACCAUUUACACUCAAAACGGUAAAAACAUAGAAGGCUACUUUCCUAGCAUCACUCCGCUGGAAUCACUGCACACUGCUGAGAAAAUAGAAGGCUACUUUCCCCGACUCACUCAGUUGGCAUCACUGCUCAUGCUCCUUCUACCAAAGUUAACAGGGAAAAAAGGUAUCCUUCUGGAAAUCGGCACAGGUGAAGGAAAAUCUUGCAUCUUGGCUAUGUUUGCCACCAUCCAGGCCAUCCGUGGCACUAAGGUUGACGUUGUGACCAGUUCUCCAGUCCUUGCUCGCCGAGACCAAGAGGAGUGGAAGAAACUGUAUGACAUGUUUGGUGUCACAUCCUCUGUUGUGCCACCACCACAGAUACAGGGAAGCUCCCCUGAAAGCAGGGAUAGUAUGCUACAGGAGGCUUACAGGAAACAAUUAGUUUACGGAACCGUUGCCAGCUUUGCAGCAGACGCAUUGAGGCAGGAAUUCGAGAAGGACACCACACGUGGGGAGAGGAGGUUCGACAUGGUGAUUGUGGAUGAAGUGGACUACAUGACCUUGGACAAUGGAGUUCAGGUGACGUUUCUAUCCCACGAGGCAAGUGGCCUGAGGCACCUCGGACAAGUCCUUGCUAGCAUAUGGGCCAUGGUAUCUAUGUGUCAGCCAAUUGAGAUGGAAGAUACUGGAGAGAUUGAGUGGGCAACUGGAAUCCAGCAUUUUCACAAGGCUGCAAAGUUAGCUGUUAUCGGUCCAGCGACAUCUAAAGAAUUCUCUGAAUUUCACAUUUUGGAAGCCGGAGUGGAGUUGGGUAUCUAUUCAGAUGAAGAUUUUGAUAUGUUCAUGCAUGCUCUAGAGAACACAGAGAAUGACGAUACAACGGAGAACAGGAUAACUGUUGAUACAUUCUUGGCCAAAGUUGGAAUUACUCAACAGUGUGAUCUGCUCACCAUCAUGGAGAAAGCACUGGAGAAUGAUGUGGCCAUUGACUGUUACUCUGUGACAAACAAUAAAGCCGUGCUGGUUGAGGAGAAAAAGUUGCACAACAACCCUGAUAUCCUGGAAAUCAAAAUGCUUCUCCUCGAGAAUGGACGAGCCAGCGAGAUCAUACCUGAAGACAAACUCAUUAAGGCAACAGUCUCUGAGCUGAAGUCUAAAAUCAAAUAUUCUGGCAGCUCUCAGUCAAACUCAGAGUUUCUUGUGAUCCCCUCUUUCCUUGAGAAGUACCUUGAGAAUCAGUUACCAGUCUUUGUGGAAAACGCCCUGAAAGCCAUCAUGAUGACACAAGGCAGAGAGUACAUGAUUGAUCAGACCUUGGAAGCUGUCGGAGACAAGCAUCACUACCAUGCUAUCAUCCCAGUGGACUUCCAGGCCAGUGGAGUGUUGGAGAAGAACAAACGCUGGGGGGACGGCCUGCAGCAGUUUCUGGAGAUGAAACACCAGCUGGCAACCACUACUUUGUCCAAUGUGACUAAUUACCUUUCAAACUUCCAUUACUUUCAAAAGUACCUGAAAGGGAAUGGGAUAUUUGGUGUGUCUGGGACAUUAGGGGGUGAUGCCGACAAAGAUUUCCUUGCAAGGCAUUAUGAAACAGACAGCUACAUAAUACCAGCUCAUCGCCAUAAGAAGGUUGUUGAGCUUCCAGCAAUUCAGGUCAAUGGGCAAGCCCAGUGGAUGGAGAUCCUCUGUAAGACAGCAAUGAGGGUGGCAGAAAGUGGUCAGGUUGUCUUGGUCAUGUGA